AAUGUCAACAGCAGAUUAGAAACACAUUGAAGAAAACGAACAGAGAAGAAGGGACGCACAGUGACUCGAGCGGGGACUACUUCCUGAUACAUACAUUUACAUAGAUAUAUAUCAAAAGAUUCCAGGAUGCCUUUUCUCGGACAGGACUGGAGGUCACCGGGUCAGAGUUGGGUUAAAACCGAAGAAGGAUGGAAGAAGACAACGGGAGACGACAAAAACAACAACGUCUCCGUGGAGAGCUUCUGCAAAGUGGAGCAGGAGGAUUGUUUCAACAAAGAGAACCUGCUGCUCUCUCUCAGCUAUGACAUGGCUGCCAAGAAGAGGAAGAAAGACCUAAUGAACAACAACACCAAGGUCCCCUAUUUCCACAGGGAAAAGUGGAUUUACGUUCAUAAAGGAAGCACCAAGGAGCGCCACGGAUAUUGUACGCUGGGAGAGGCCUUCAACCGCUUGGAUUUCUGCAGCGCCAUCAACGACACGAGGAGAUUUAAUUACGUUGUCAGGCUCCUGGAGCUUAUCGCCAAGUCCCAGCUCCCCUCGCUCAGCGGAGUGGCGCAGAAGAACUACAUGAAUAUUCUGGAGAGAGUGGUACAGAAAGUCAUCAAUGACCAGCAGAACGUCCGUCCCAUCAAAGAGCUCCUGCAGACGCUGUACCUCUCGCUGUGUGGUCUCGUUCAGGACAUGGGCAAGUCCGUACUGGUGGGCAACAUCAACAUCUGGGUGCACCGCAUGGAGAACAUCAUGCAGUGGCAGCAGCAGCUGGACAACAUCCAGAUCAACAGGCCCAAGUCCACGGGCAUGACUCUGACCGACCUGCCUGCCAGUCUGCAGCUGAACAUCAUGGAGCGUCUUACGGACGGCAGGGACCUGGUCAGUCUGGGCCAAGUGUGUCCUGAGCUGGGGAGCCUCGCUGAGGACCGGCUGCUGUGGAAGAGACUCUGCCAGUACCACUUCACAGACAGACAGAUCCGUAAGCGCCUGAUGGUGUCGGAUAAAGGUCACCUGGAGUGGAAAAAAAUGUACUUCAAGCUGAGCCGCUGCUACCCCCACAGAGAGCAGUACAGCGACACCCUGCACUUCUGCACACACUGCCACAUCCUUUUCUGGAAGGACACAAACCAUCCCUGCACAGCCAACAACCCAGAGAGCUGCACCAUGCCCCUGUCCCCUCAGGACUUUAUCAACCUUUUCAACUUCUGAUCCCCGCCCCGAACCCGGACUGUAAAUACUGUUGUUGUACAUAGAAGUAUUGUUUUUGUUUAAUACCACCAUCAUUUCCUUGGAUGUACAUUUAGUGUAUACUUUAGUGACUGGAGGGGAGCUCAAGCAGGGGGACAAUUAUGCAAUCGAGUUUCUUUUUGAGCGAUAACAAAGGCUUCUGAAAGCGAGUGAAUGUGACGUAGAGCAAAAGUUAGGUAGAAACAAUCAGACUGUGGGCAGAGGACAGGAAAAAGGGAAUAUUUGGCACUGAAGUACUUUUUCUUUUUUUCUUCUUUUUUUUUAUUGCACCGCCAGAGUAAACUCACCUCUUGACCUACAUUUUUGCACUUGUUUUUUUCCCCCCUAGUUUGGAGAAUAUAAAUUGUUCUUUUCACGCCUUGUAUUUGUUCUUUACAACAUGGGAAGUAACUGAAUUUGUUUGAAAUUGGGAUUUCUUCAGUGUGAUAUUACAAGGCAUGCUCGCAUCGGGGGUGUGUGCAAUGUGACUUAAAGUCCAGAUGCAGUACUGAACCAAUGGUAAUCUAUUUUGGCACUGAGAUGAAUAAUAGCAUGUCGUGACCUAUAAAGAGAAAAGGAAUGGAAGCGAGAGUCGGUAAAUAAUCAGUCGUCGUCUGUGAGGAUUCUUUGACAUGUUGACACCACGGUAUCUUUUCUAUUUUGUGUUGUUCUUUUUCACUUUUAUAUUGAUUUGAUAAUUUUUCUUUUUUUUAUGGUGUGUUUGUUUUCAGCAGCACUUGAGUGCGGUAUUACCAAAGAUUGUAUUCAAAGGCAGUACAACAAUGGCGUGUGCCUUUUUGUCAUAAAAACUUGAAACAGUACAGGUACAACCAAUGCCUAGUUUGCAAUGAUUGCAGGUUAUUUACAGAAGCUUUGACACUCUCACACCAAAGUCAGCUGUUUGAAAUAUCCUAUUUUUCUAUAGCUUCCUGCAUGAUCUAUUUUUUUGUUUUGUUUUUAUAUAGAAAAAAACACUGAGCUGAUUGUGUUUACUUAUUUAUUUAUUGGGAUUUCCGCAGGUGGUUCAACUUGCGCACUUGGGUUUGAAGGAGUAAGAACUAUGAGGUGUAAAGGUGCAGUUUGACUCCGAGGUUCACUGCUCAGACAGUGAGGGACUAUGUACAUGCUAUGCAAUGCAUUCUGUUUAUGUUCUGAUGAAGAAAUAAAAGUAAAUGACGUUA